UUGAAAUGAUGCGGAUGGCGGGGGCAGCUCCCCCGCCAUCCGCAGAUAAUGGUACGGUCCUCUGUUGAAAUUCCGAGAAUUGAGCUGCUCUGUUUCUUAGAACUGGAUUCUCAGAACUGGUGAUGCACAGAGUUUCGAGGAAACUUUUACAAGAUUUUGACAGCAUGGCCAUGACUGCAGAUGGCUGCAUUCAAUUCACACGCCAUGCAGGCGAUGUCCUGCUCAACUUCAACCGCCUCCGCAGCCGGAACAUACUGACUGAUGUCACCAUACAGGUGGACGGACAGCGUUUUCAUGCUCACAAGGCCAUCUUGGUGGCCUGCAGUGGCUUCUUUUAUUCUGUGUUCAUGGACCCCAAGAACGCAAACCUUAGUGCCAUCAGCUUAGACCCCAAAGUGGACCCCAAGGGGCUCUCCAUCCUGCUGGACUUUAUGUACACGUCCUGUCUGAACCUUAACGACAGUCUGGUCCUGGCCACCAUGAAUACAGCCAUCUACCUCCAGAUGGAACACGUGGCCGACACCUGCCACAGGUUCAUCAAGUCCAGGCAUCAGUCUCUGAAUAUGCAGAUUGAAGAGGUACAGAUCAACUCAUUACAUCUGGCUGAGGAGAUCCCUGCUUUGAGGCCUGUUGAUGAAAAAGAACCAGACUUAAGAAACAACCACACAUCAACCUCAUCCCCUCUCCAGGAGUGCAGGGGCUACAUCCCCAAUGUUUUCAGGGGGAUCAACACCUCUGGCUCCUAUCACGUCUAUGGUGACCUCCAUAUCCCUGAUGGGAGGCUGGAAGGUUCCCAUAAAGUCAGCGACCUUCCCAGAGGAGGGGCUUUGUCCCAGAAACAAUGCUCGCAGGUACCCAGCACCAACAUGGCUCACAAUGAGUCCACUACCAUCAUCUCCCACCCCAGCUUCCCCACCAGUAUCAUCCGACCGGCAGGAGCCCACGGGAGGCUUCAAAGGCCUGCCACUCCCAUGGAGGAAGACAGCAUUCAGCAUCCACAGACCAGCUGCCUAAGAUUGUCUCCAGGCUUUAUCAAAGGUGUGAUUUGUAGCCCUCAAAGCCCCCUCAGAUCUGACUGCCAGCCCAACUCGCCCACUGAGUCCAACAGCAGCAGAAACGCCACGCUGAGUCUCAAACAGCCCUCAGACUGCCCCAAAGACGCCAAGGCCCGCAACUGGAAGAAGUACAAGUUGAUCGUAAUGAACCAAACUCCUGAUGAGAGUGAAAAGGAAGCUCAGGGAGGCAGCGCUGAAGCUACGGCCAUGUCGCCUACACUGAGCCCCUGCAGGAGUGGUGCAGCAGGUGGACACAACGAGGUCCAGGCGGAGGAGGGAGCCAGCGAGCACAGAGAAGAAAUCCGCAUGUCUCAGAGCGUCGACAGCUGCAGCAGCAGCACCUGUAGCAGCAUCAGCCACCGCAGAUGCUCCUCCUGUGGCUGUGACAGCCCUCGUUGCGUGGAAAUGGGUCACCUUUCUCCUGACUCAUACAGCAGAGAUGACACCACGAAACUACACUCAGAGUAUUCCUCCUCCAGCUGUGAAAACAACACCUACUUCUGCAACGGGUGUGACUCCAAGUUCACAGAGAAAGACACCGUGAGAGACCACCUGGUCCAGGUCCACAGUGACAAGCCAUACAAGUGUGACUGCUGCCAGGCUGCCUUCCGCUACAAGGGCAACCUAGCCAGCCACAAGACCGUUCACACCGGUGCGAAACCCUACCACUGCAACAUCUGCGGUGCUCAGUUCAACCGACCAGCCAACCUCAAGACCCACACCCGCAUCCACUCUGGAGAAAAGCCUUACAAGUGUGAGACAUGCGGCUCCAGAUUUGUCCAGGUGGCCCAUCUUCGCGCCCACGUGUUAAUUCACACGGGAGAGAAGCCGUACCCUUGUGAGAUCUGUGGAACACACUUCCGCCACCUUCAGACACUAAAGAGCCACAUGCGCAUUCAUACCGGAGAGAAGCCUUAUCAUUGUGAAAAAUGUGACCUCCACUUCAGACACAAGAGUCAGCUGAGGCUUCACCUCCGACAGAAGCACGGUGCGGUCACUAACACCAAGGCUCAGUAUCGCAGGACUCCCAGCAACAUCAUCACAGGCCUGGUGAACUCCAGCUGAGCCUGCUGCAGUCCUGUUGUGUCUCAUUUUUUUUGUUUUCUUUUUGCAUUAGCCACCAUGUUGUCAAAAGAUUUACAUUUUUUACAAAGAGAAACAUAAAUAUUAUACUGUGUAUAUAUAUAUAUAUAUAUAUAUACUGUAUAUGCCCUUUAUGCAUUUGUAUAUGAUGCACAUUACUUUAUGUAAGCUCUUUGGUAUUUCAAAGAUUGUAGAAGUUUAUGCUUUCAUUGUGAAUGUGAAUUUUGAAUGUGAAUUUGAGCAGGUAACUUAUCAGAAUGUUAGCAUUGAAGGACAGUCCUCUUUCUCAUUUGCAUUGAGAAUCAGUGUUACAGUUGUGCUUUAGAUACUGGUGUGAAUUUUCCCAGCAAUGUGGUCACAGUUUAUGCUGUUUUUCAUUAGGUUGUUUUUGUAAAUAAGAUAAUAUAUAUUUUCAGAUUGCCAUCUGCUGGCAGAGUACGAAUAUAUUUACGUUAAGUUUGUUUUUCUUACGUGCAGUGAGCUUCACUGACAAUUGUCAAUAACACAAGGGCUUGUUACUUUCUCAUGUUAUAGUUUGUGAUAUGUAUUGUAAUAUGUACAGAUUGUCAUUAAUUUCAAAAUUGCUAUGUACAUAUUUUCUUUUCUAGGCUCCUGUUGGUAUUUUGCACAUACUCAUAAUGCUGUAAUUCAUAUAUUUUCAUACUUUUCAUUCAAAUAUUUCUACUUAAAAGAUUCUUGACAUGUUGACAAUUGUUUGUUAGACCCCAGCACUUAAUAUCUUCUUAUUUAUAUUCAAAUUUUUCUUUGCUGUAUUGUAUUACAUUUUGGUGCUGCAAUGAUUAAUUUUCCCCAGCGGGAUCAUUAAUGUUUGAUUGUAUUUGAUCUAACCUUAUGUAUUACAGUGCACUCAUACGAACCAGUAUAUUCAUAGUGCCUUACAGUCACACUUUUCUAUUGGCUACCUUACCAGACUAUUCAUGCAUUAUAAGUUUGACAAUAUGAAAGCCCUGGUAGUUAUAAACUGCUUUUGUGAUGCAUUUCACAUUUGGUAUAUUGCCCAGUUGUCAUGUGUAUGCAUGUCAGGUACUGUUGUUUUGGAAGCUGAUCAUCUGUUGGGUGUAGCUCUUAAAAUGCAGAUACACCUGGCCUCAAGCUAAAACAUGCUCAGGAAUAUUAGUAAUAUGUAAGCAAAUGUCUUUGUAACUGCAGAGUAUAUAUAUAUAUAUAUAUAUAUAUAUAUAUAUAUAUAUAUAUAUAUAUAUAUAUAUAAUGACAUGAAAUUAAAAUGGCACUUGUUGCAACAAUUCUGUCCAUUAUUUGCAAGUAAGAUGGUUUGAGCAAAGAUUUAAUUGAACCUUUUAGUAUUUUGUAGUUUAGCUUUGUAGGUAUUUAUAAAGAAUACAUGCUAAACCUUCUCUCUGGCUCUCCCUGGUGUUCACUCAUAUGGACCAUCAUUUAUUCUCCUAGACAUUAAAAAAACCUGACUGAGCAUUUGGAGGAGCACAGACGGUUUAGUUAAUGAUUAGCUUCUGUUUGUGUGUAGGGUAAAGCGAUCAUUCUACAGAGGGCAAAACAUUUCUCAUUCAUCAUUAAUAACGUGAAUAAAUACAUAAAUGAACACUGAAAUCCUAAAAACACAUUGAAUAGAAUUAUAUAAUUUAAUUCUGAAAUGAAUACAGAAAUGUUUUACUUAAAAGUAAAUAAAUACAUAAAUACUACAAUAAUUAAUAGGUAAUUAUUUGAGUAUUUAUUUUAGCUGUCAUCUAUUUACUAUAUUGUCCAAAUAUUUUAUUUAUUUAUUAAUGAUUGAAUCAUUUUUCAUCCUCCAUGUAAAAUCUAACUGAAAGGGAAUUGAUAAAAAAGUGCAUGUUUUUUUAAUAGAAUCUUGUGUAGUAGUUAAUAACUUGAUCAAAAUCUUUUCUUACAGCACUAUACUUACAUAUACAGACAAAUAACUACAAAAAAGAAAGCACAUACUGUAUGAAUAGGCAACCCUCACAUAACAUUGAAUAAAGAUUGUAGAUUAAUCCUUAAAACAAAGGAAAAAAGUAGUUGUUUUUACUUCAGCUUAACUCCCCCCUCCUUCAAGCAGAUACAAUACACAUUUAACAAAAUGUUCAUUUUUAUCUCCAUGUUUUCUCUACGACUAGUCUCGAGUGUCAUAGCUCCGAUGAAGCACAUCCAGGUGUUUUAGUAAGGAGUCAAAUAUUCAUUGAAGAAUGGACCAUCUAUCACAGAAACAUAUACCUGAUAACUCUACAUGGCACAAAGGCAACUGGUCAUGCCCCUGUGGUGCUGCCCAUUAAACAUGAGACUGAUGUUUUAAGGAUUUUAUUUGAAGGUUAUUGGCUGUCCUGUCAAGUCUUAAAUCGAUCCCAGUCUGUCGUCAUCAGGUCAAACAACUAUUUGGUCUGAAGCAUUAUGGCUGCUUCCAAUGACAUGAUACUCUGAGGACAUUUUUGAUUGAUACCAUUUUUAUAGAGACUUCCACUUCUAGAAGUGUGUUUGAUUGACAAAAAAAGUGACUCUCUAAGCUAAGGAUCCAUUUUGUUCCUAUGCAAAGGCCUCAAACUAUGAUGAAAGACGAGCUGUGAGCUCUGCUGAACAUGAGUUAGUUGAUCACAAGUAGCUGCUAAGCAUCUCUACUUCUCAUUCAUACCAAUACUCAAUACAUAUUGUACACACACACAUACA